CCUCGUGUGAGCAGGAUGGGCGGCAAACCUAAGGGGGCGUGUUUACUACUUCGAGUGACACAUGUGGGCGUGGCGCUGCGCGAGUCGGUGGGUGGGGUCGUGACGUCAGUGCAGAGGCAGCACGCAGGGCUUUGUGGGAGAAUCCGCAGCAGCCGGGACCGGCGGGAGGGAGUGAGGGGCGCGCCCCGGAGAGAAUCAGCUGCCCCUCCCCCCAGGUACCUACAGAGCCGGGGGGAGCAUGAACUCGAGCCGGGAACCGCGGUCAAUGUUUCUAUACGAUCUGGAGCGGGGCGCAUCCUUUCAGGGUGGCCCAUGCAGUGCUUAGCGGCUGUCCUCAAGGACGACGGAAACAUGAGCGGAGGAGCAGAGCAGGUGGAUAUCCUGCCAGUCAGCUACGUCGUCAAGGACCGCUGGAAAGUGCUGAAGAAGAUCGGAGGAGGAGGAUUUGGGGAAAUCUAUGAGGCGAUGGAUCUGCUGACGCGGGAAAAUGUUGCACUGAAAGUGGAGUCUGCGCAACAGCCAAAGCAAGUGCUGAAAAUGGAGGUGGCAGUGCUGAAAAAACUGCAAGGGAAGGAUCAUGUCUGCAGGUUUAUUGGCUGUGGGAGGAAUGAGAAGUUUAAUUAUGUGGUCAUGCAGCUUCAGGGAAGAAACCUGGCAGACCUGCGGCGGAGCCAACCCCGUGGAACCUUCACCAUGAGCACCACCCUGCGUCUGGGCAAACAAAUCCUGGAGUCCAUUGAGUCCAUUCACUCCGUAGGCUUCCUGCAUCGUGACAUCAAGCCAUCUAACUUUGCUAUGGGACGGCUGCCAUCAACCUACCGCAAAUGUUUCAUGCUGGACUUCGGCCUGGCGCGCCAGUAUACUAACACCACGGGGGAAGUAAGGCCGCCUCGCAAUGUUGCUGGAUUCCGUGGGACUGUGCGAUAUGCGUCAGUAAAUGCGCACAAGAACAGAGAGAUGGGCCGGCAUGAUGAUCUCUGGUCCUUGUUUUAUAUGUUAGUGGAGUUUGCUGUUGGGCAACUGCCCUGGAGAAAGAUUAAGGACAAGGAGCAGGUUGGCAUGAUUAAAGAGAAGUAUGAUCACCGAAUGCUUCUCAAGCACAUGCCAUCUGAGUUCCACCUCUUCUUGGAGCACAUUUCCACUCUGGACUACUUCACCAAACCGGAUUAUCAGAUGAUCAUGUCGGUGUUUGAGAGCAGCAUGAAGGAACGAGGCAUCACAGAGAAUGAGGCCUUCGAUUGGGAGAAAGGAGGAACAGAUAUCCUGCUCUCCACCAGCUCCUCCACCCCCCCUCAGCAGAACACCCGACAGACAGCAGCCAUGUUUGGGGUGGUGAAUGUGACUCCAGUACCGGGCGAUUUAAUGCGGGAAAAUACAGAAGAUGUCCUUCAGGGAGAGCAUCUCAGUGACCAGGAAAAUGCCCCCCCAGUGCUUCCGUGCCGGCCAGCCGACAUCACUGGCCAAACACCCAAUCUGGGCUUUAAUGACACUGAGAUUUGGGAAGAGACAGAUGUAAAUCGCAACAAGCUCAGGAUUAGCAUCAGCAAGACACAGUGCCUGAUGGAAGAGGAUCCCAGUCGGGGAGGAUGUCCCAGUUCACCUGUACGGGCACCUCCAGAAUCUCCAACCACCCAGGCUCGUUCCCUGCGCUACAGACGUGUCAACAGCCCUGAGUCGGAACGACUUUCUACAGCUGAGAGAGCAGAGCUGCCAGAGAGAAGGUCUCGGAUGGAUCUACCUGCUUCCCCAUCCCGUCAGGUGUGUUCUUCUCAGCCGGCCCAGAUGUUUUCCAUUGACACAGUGAAUGCUGAUCGACAGGGCAGCGGGCGCAUGGAAGUUUCUGCCUCAGUGGAACAUGAAGCUUUAAGCAAUGCCUUUCGCUCAGUGCCGUUAGCCGAGGAGGAAGACUUUGAUAGCAAGGAGUGGGUGAUCAUAGAUAAAGAAACUGAACUCAAGGACUUCCACCCAGGGGCAGAACCCAGCACCUCUGGGACUACUGAUGAAGAGCCUGAAGAGCUGAGACCCUUGGAAGAUGGGGAGGAUCGGCGUAGGCCUGGAGGGGCAGAGGCAGCUGUAAGACCAAAGGUGCAUGACGCUAGGUUGCGGGCCAUGCAAACCGUAGCAGAGGAAGAGACAUGCUCUCGAAAUGAGGGACCAGACAGCAGGCCUGAUGCAACUCCUGGGAGCCCAUCACAUUCUCAUUCUACUUCCUUAACAAGACAGCGGAGACGAGAGUCUGAUCCGAGCGGACCUCAGAGACAGGUCCUUAGCCUGAAGCACCUGGAGAUGAACGUUGUGCCUAGGGUGGUGCCUUUAAGUUUGCCUUACCAAGAUUUCAAGAAGGACAUAUCUGACAGCAAGGAAAUGCUGAGGGUCCCACACCGAAUAAAGCGAGUGGACUUCUCCAGUGUAGUCCUACCGGCUGUGUAUGCUACAGAGCCUCAUAUCAUCAUUAAUGGGCGGGCCCCACAUGAGCAAGAGGAGGAAGAGGAAGAGGCUGAAGAGGAGGAAGCUGAAGAGGAGGAAGAAGAAGAGGCAGAAUUUUUAGGAGAAGAUAUUGAUCUCCAAAGUGGGUCCAGUAGUGAGGCAAGCCAAAAGAGCACUGAGCGCAGCCAGGAAGGAGCACCCUCCACUCUGUUGGCUGAUGACCAGAAGGAUUCAAGGGGUAAAGCUUCCACAGCAGAGAAUGAUUUAGAACUGGAAGAAGGAUCAAAGACCUUAGUGCUGUUUUCUCCUGGGGACAUGAAAAGGUCUCCAGUUACUAAUGAGCUGAUGGCAGAGGUUGAUCUAGGAACUCUUGCUGUGCUGACCCCACAAGGGGAGAGGCUUCAUCCCCUAGGUAGCCAACUGGAUGUCUCUGAACCAGGGACUUUAUCCUCUGUUCUCAAAUCAGAGCCCAAACCACAUUGCUCAGUAUCUGCUACCACUUCCUCUCCCUUUACCAAAGUUGAACGCACGUUUGUUCAUAUUGCAGAAAAGACACACUUAAACGUCAUGUCUUCCAAUGGACAGCUCUUGAGGCUCGAUGAACACUGCACCCCGGGGCAGUUUGAGGAGCCCAUUAUCGAAGAGGAAAUGGAGGACCAUGAUCAACUAAGAGAGAAUGGAAACCUCAAUUCUGCAGUGGAAAUGGGGGAGAUAGACAGCUGUGCUGUGUCAGCAAGCCAUGCCGAUGUCUUUGGUGAGCCUCAGAUAGUGCCCAGUGUAGCCAAUGGAAUCCCUGAAUCCCAGUCACUGCUGGAUAAAGAACCCAUCAAUGUGACUAGUGAAGUGGUUACUGAGCAAGAACAGAAAAAUAUUGUAUUUGCCACAGAUCGCCUUAAAGAAACCAAGCAAGGCCCCAGCAAAAGCAUCAACAAACUUACUGGGCUUCGCUUCAGGAGCCGAAUUCCUGUGUUCUUAUCUGAAGAAGAUACUGGGUCAGAUCAGUCCAUGUCCCACUCGGCCAAAGAAAGGUUCCGUAAGAGGACCAAACAGUUGGAUUUAGCCCGUCUGGUAAUGGAAAAGAGGCAGAUUAGGUUGCAAAGAUUGGCUUCUGCUGGCUCAUCUUCUGCCUCUUCCAGUGAGGACAGGAGGAGGACAUCAGAAACUCUUUCCACCACAGGCUCAGAGGAGGACACGCACGAUUCUGAUGACUCCGUCCCAAGGAAGGUGGGAAAGGAGAAAACUGUUCCUCCAAGAAAAGAAGAUGGCACAAUCAGUGUCCGAAGCAGAAUUCCCCGUCCCGUUACUCCAGUGAAAAGUUUUUAUCCAGUGGUUCCACCAGUAUCAACCAGUAGCAACCUAAGAGAAUCUGUAAUGGUACAGAGGUUCCAGCUCCCAAGAUCUACAGUUAGUGGAGGUGUAAGCCACUCUACAGAGCUCAGGCCCAAAGUCCUGAAUAUGAGGCUUCCUCCACUGUCCAGUCCAAUACCCAGCAGAAGCAAUGUGAAGAGAGUCAGCCGUGCUCCUCCCAAAAGUCCAGUGGCUCCUGCACGAACACUUAGUGCAUCUUCACGGAGUCGAUCACUUUCUGGAACCGAAAGUCCAUCCCCAUCACGACAAAAAAGGCCAAGUGCCAGUACUCCCCGAGUAUAUCCUUCCCCAAAGCUCCAACCCCGGGCACAGACCCAGGGAGAAUGCCCAGCAACUCCAGCAUUUCCACGGAAAGGACAAAGACUAAAAGUCCAAACAUCAAGUCUGGCAACCAAAGGAAGGCAAGGAGCUGGGGAUGGUAGAUAAUGGCACCCAUCAUGGUACCUGGGGUCACAUCCUGCAGUAGCCAUAGUACAGACCAGGAGGGAAUAGUGCAAUGCUUUGCUCACUUUCUAAAGCUUAAUACACGCGCUUCAGGCACAUGCUCCCACCCACAGGAUUGAGCCGAUCAGCAGGGAAUGGGAGUGUUUUAUAAGAGAAGUCUACAUCCAACAUUGAGGCUUUUAUGCAGUAAGAUUGGUGGAAAGAUAAUGGAUUAACGCACAGACCUAUGGUUAGAGAUAUGAGAAUCCCCUUCCUAGGCGAGGUGGGGGUAGUACUCCUGUUUAGCAGCACUGCCCAACACACCAUGGCCAGACAUGUAAGAACCCCCCCCAUAGGAUUGUUUGAAAUAUAACCAAUCAAUGCUCCUGUUUAGCAGCACAGCCCCACAAACUAUGGCCAGACAUGUACGCCCUCCCAUAGGAUUGGUGGGAAUAUAGCCAAUCAAUGCUUUGGUUUAGUAGCACAGCCUUACAUACUAUGGUCAGACAUGUAAGGACCCCACCCAUAGUAUUGGUGGGAAAAUAACCAAUCAAUGCUUCUGAUUUGCAGCUCAAAUCUACACACCAACAUGUAAGACACCCCCCACCAAUAGGAUUGUUUGAAAUAUAACCAAUCAACGCUUCUGUUUAGCAGCACAGCCCUACACACUAUGGCCAGACAUGUUCACCCUCCCAUAGGAUUGGUGGGAAUACAACCAAUCAAUGCUUCUGUUUAGCAGCACAACUCUACACUCUAUGGUCAGACAUGUAAGACUUGGUGGGAAUAAAACCAAUCAAUGUAGGAUAGGUAAGAACCACCUACAUAAGAUUGGUGGGACUAUAAUGAAUUGGUGCUUACUUUUAGCAGCACAGAUCUACACACCAUAGCCAGACAUUAAAGCCCCCCAUAGGAUUGGUGGGAAUAUUACCAAUCAAUGCUCCGGUUUAGCAGCACCACCCUACAUACCAUGACAAUGUUCUUCCUUUGCUCCCCAGUUUCACAAAUUUCGCCACAGCCAAUUGAAAGUUUUGCAUGAAAUGGCCCUAUUGGGUUUAUUUUUAUUACCCACAAUGGUUUCACCUGCAUCCUGGGCCCCCCAGUGACCCCCCCAUCUCGCAUACAUUGUGCUGCCCAAGUGAAAGAUUUUCCUUUGCAAAUGCACCUGGGGAACCACAAUUCCUUUAUUAAAGGGGUCUGAGCUUAAAGUGUUCCAAUAAAUGAGAAGGGGUUUUAUUGUUUGGAUAGAAGUUCACUUGACAUGAUGCCAAUGUAUUCCCACAAUGCUUCACUCAUAUUGUACAUACACACUCCAUGCAGAUAAUGGCCAGCACACAAGGCAAGUGAGGGUAACCACUGCACAACCAUGUCUGUAUGAUGUACUGUAUCCACAUUAAAGGGUAAAUCACGCUUUGAGUGAAAUUUGCAACUCUCCAAACUCAAUAGAAAGAUCCAAUAGAAAGAUUUCUAGCCUGAUAUAACCAACCUCUCUUUCUGAGAAUAUUUAUAUAUUUAGCAACAGGUUAGAGAAAUGUUUCUUUGGCCAAAUUAGCCGCUGGUUGGGUAAAACUGUGGGCAAUAAGUUGCUGUUAUUCCGUAUAAUGAUCAGUCAUGUACAAGGAUUGGGAAUGGACAGCUGGAAGCCUGGCAUGCACUUGCGCUGAUACGUGUCCUAACGCUGUGGAUGGUACAAGACCGGUUGCCAACCCAUGUGGAGUGCAGAAUCCAUUUCUAGGACAAUGACUGGGGCAAUGCCCCAACGUUUACACACUGCAAGCAGAAUGUAUCCCCCCAUCUCAUUCCCACCAUGUGCUGUCCCACCCCAGGCAUGAGAGUGGGGGGCAGAGUCACUCUGAGAAAAGGACUCCCCCAGUCCAACUGUAGGGGGACGAAAGCUAUGUAAUGCUUCUUUGUUCCAUUAAACUAUCCCAUAAUAUCAAUAAACAAAGCCUGCUGUAAA